AAUGGGUUGAGGCAAGAGCUCAGCAGAUGACAGUAUUGUUAGAGAGAAAUCAGGAGUAGGAUUCUCAAAAAGAAACAUCAGAAAAGAAUACCAGUUCUUAAAAUUACUAGGCGAAGGAGCCUUUGGAGAAGUUCGUCUAGCAAUGCAUGUAAACUCCUCAUCCCCUGAAUAUGAGGCUAAAAGAGCUAUCAAGUUGAUCAAGAGAGAUAAUGUUGAGAAUUCUGAUAAGCAAGAAGAAAUGCUGCUUAAUGAGUAUAAUAUUCUACGCCAAAUAGAUAACCAAAAUAUAAUAUAAAGAUCUUUGAGCUUUGGAAGGACGAAGUAUUCUACUAUAUUGUAACUGAAUACCUAGAAGGAGGAGAAUUGUACAAGAACAUCUCUGAGAGAGAUAAUUUUACUGAGAAAGACUGUGCUGGCCUUAUUAAACAAGUCUUACUUGCACUUAAUUACUGCCAUAAAGAAGGGAUUGCUCAUAGAGAUCUUAAGCCAGAUAAUAUUAUGUUUGAAUCAAAUAGCAAAGAUUCUAUCUGUAAACUUGUAGACUUUGGAUUUGCAAGUUUUUGUAAAAAUGGCAAGAAAAUGGACGAUAUGCUCGGCACUCCUCUUUUUAUCGCUCCUGAGAUUAUUAGUAACAAGAAAUACACCUCAAAAGUAGACAUCUGGAGCUUAGGAGUAAUCACUUAUUUCAUCAUCAGUACAAACCCCCCAUUCAAAGGCAGAACCAAAAGAGAGCUCUUCGAUUCAAUAAAAUCCGGCGACUUCUCAUUCAAAAGUGCACCAAUAUUCAGAAGGACUUCUGAAAGCCUGCAGAGUUUCAUAAGUGAAUGACUGGUCGUGAAUCCUGAGAAGAGGGCUACAGCUGAGGAAUUACUUAAGCAUAGUUGGAUGACUGAUGUCAGUAGUGAAGAGGUCAGCGAGGAUGCAAUCAAAAGUAACUUGGCCACUUUGAAAGAAUACUCACAUCAUAAUAAAUUGCAACAAGGAAUCGUUCACUUUUUGGCUUACAAAUGAGGGCAAAGAGAAGAAAUUGACAAUCUUUCAAAAAUCUUUAGAUCUGCUGAUAAAAAUGGAGAUGGGAAGCUCGAUAAAUCUGAAAUUAGUGAAUAUUUUCAGAAGUACAUGGGCUCAGCCGACGAUGCAGAGAACGAACAUAUCUAUUCUUGCUUAGACGGGGAUAAAUCUGGUUAUAUUGACUACUCAGAGUUCCUUUCUGCAACUAUUGACAAAGAGAAUUUACUCAGGAAGCAAAGACUGAUAAACAUAUUCAAUGAGAUAGACUCAGACGGCUCUGGAGAUAUCAACUUGAAGGAGCUUCGCCAAGCGUUCAAGACAAAGGCAUCUAAAUAAGACGGAGGAGGAGUGGGAGAAAAUUAUCAAUGAAAUUGACAAAGAUGGAAAUGACUGUAUCAACUUUAAAGAGUUCCUGAAAGCAAUGGAUCAAGUUGUCCACCCAAAGAAUUUCAUCCCUAAGAAUGAUAUCGAAGAGGAUUAAGCCUGGUUACAGGGAUUUAGAAGCAAUGUCUCGAUAGAGUGAACUGGACUUUGGAGUCAUUGU